CAUGACUUUUAGCGAAAACUGUAGUUACUUUGUGAUGCCGUAUAUUUCCGAGAUAUUUACGAAAUAACAAAAUUUUGUAUGAAUUUCAAGUUAAAUUUGUAUUUUACGAUAACUAGGAAUCAAUUCAAUACCGUGUAAAUACAUUAUCGAUGUGCUACUGCGGAAUUACAUGGUGUGCUAACUAUUAAAAGAUUCCAAAUGGAGCCGUGCACGAGUCGUUUCACGGCCGCGGAGGGCGGCACGCGGCUCGCGGCGGCCGCCAGCUCCAGGAACCUGCUCGUCGCGGAGUACAGCGGCUUCAUAUCCACAAGGCUGGUGUGCGAAGAGGCUUAUAAUAUUCGGGGCCUCCUCUCAGAAGGUCGUCGCAGAUCGAUCUAUGUGACGCGGAAGGCUCGUGUGGCGCUCGUCACGUACGACCUGAAGAUCAUGACUGACUUGCAGGUGAUCGGCGCGACGGACCCCGGGGAAGUCGAGGAUUGGAGUCAGGAGAUGGAGGUUAAGGAGGUCCUAGUGGCCACUUCGGAAGUGAUCAAGCAUGUUCUAGAAGCAGAAGUGUUGAAGAUGACGGACAUAAACGUGAUGAUAUUGGACAGCUGUCAUCUGAUAUACAAAGAUGAUAGUUUGAAAUACAUAAUGAAAUCAUACAAAAACUGUCCAAAAGAGAAGAGACCUCGAAUACUAGCUCUAACAUACCCGCUAUUUACAUCCCCAAAGAAAAAGCAAGCAGAAAUCAAGAAGGACGCAGAAGUUGUAGAGAAUGAUGCGGAAGAUGAGAACAUUGAGGAAAUGUCAGAAGGUAUUUCAAGUGAAGAGAAGUGCACAGAAGUAGAGAACAAGCAAGAAGUGACCCAGAAGGAAACAGAAGUGACCCAGAAGGAGGAAUUCGGUGUUUAUAAGAAUCUGGAUGAUUAUGAAAUGUAUGAGAAGUUAGAAUGGAAUAUAUCUCAGUUGGAGGAUGCGUUGUGCUGCCAGAUGGAUUUUGCUGAAGACAUUGAUGGUGGCAAGAGGAUAUCGACAAACCUCACCAAGCCAAGGGAACUGAUUAUAGAGUACACUUCAGCUCCUUGCAGGCAGUCUCUCUCGGAGGAGUAUUUGGACUUGGAGAAAUACAUGAAGGAUACAGUGAAUGAUGCGCUGGAGUUCUUGGAUGACCAUCGACACGACCCCACAGAGAUAUAUGGAGAGGAGUUAUACGACGAAUUCAAAAACAUUCCAGACCCCACGACGGACCCUAGGAAUAUAUUGAAGCAGUUUUUAUACGUUUUGGAACAGUUAGGACCCUACGGAGCAGACAAGGCGGCAUUCUCUCUCCUAAUAACAUUAGAAAAGUUAAAAAUCAAAGUACCUUACGAAAGGCAUUUUCUACUUCUAUGUUUUUGCAUGACCACGUUUAUAAAACUAAGAGGAUAUGCGGACUAUGUGUUCAGCAAAUAUGACCAAGAGUGGGACAAGAUAAAAGCGUUCAGUACACCUAAAGUGUUGAGGUUCGGUGAAAUCCUGCAGAAGUUUCACCCCAAUGUCGAUAAGAGCUCGAAUCCCACAGCAAGAUUGCUCAAAGAGAUAGAGCAGUGCGAUUUCGCGAAGUUAGGCGAUGCUCUGGAAGAUCAAGUGAACACUUUAGAGGCGAAUUUGAAGGAGAUACACGAAUACUAUACUGAUAAAGAUCAGGUUUUGAUCAACGAAGCCCUGGAGAAAGGAAACUGUGGGGUUCAAAACGAAGCAGAAUCACACGGGAAUAAAACAGGACACUCUGUUAAAAAAUAUGGGAAUGAUAAAGAAGUUUCUUCCCAAUCCCACGAAGCGAAUUCUCAGGACCAAUCCCACGCGAAUAAAGUGGGAUUCAGUCGACGUACCGGUAGGAUGCGCGGGCGCAGAGUUCAGAGGACGAACGCAGCGAGGAUGCAGAUGACGUUGUUGAAUCCCGAUGCUUUAUGUGGGAUUGUGUUUGUGAAAGAGCCAUUGAUGGCGAAAAUACUGUUCAUGCUGAUUGUGGAUAUGUCCCGGUGCCAUCCGAAGCUGUCAUAUCUCUGCGCGCAGUACUGCGCAGUGGAACACGGCACCGACCCACUGGAGCUCAAGGAGUGCCAGCGACAGGGGAAAAAGCAGGAGGAUGUUCUAAAAAAAUUCCGCAUGCACGAAUGCAACCUUCUCUUGGCGACGCCUGCGUUGGAGGAGGGCAUAGAUCUGCCGAGAUGCAACCUCGUGUUGAGAUGGGACGUGCCGCCGUCUUACCGCUCGUACCUCCUGUGCCGCGGUCGCGCGCGCGCCCCCCGCUCGGCCGCGGCCGUGCUCAGCGGCGCCGGCCACGGACAGACCGACCAACUGCUGAGAAACGUCGCUAUAUACAGAGAAUUGGAUCAGAUAAUAACAAGGAAAUGCGGAUGCGGAAUACAGAACGAGCCUCCGCAAGUGGAAGAGGAUCAUGCGGAUACACUAAACAACAUCAUAAAGCCAUACGUGCCUGUAUUGUUAAAAAAUCCAAAUAAAACCACAAACUUCAUCGAAAACAAAGCACAAGCGGUGAAAACAGAAAGUAUCGAAAAUGAGUCGAAAAAAAAUUCUGACAAAAGUGAUUCUAAGAAUUCAGACGAAAAUGAUUCUAAGAGUUCUGACACGUCAGAUCCUACUGACACGUCAGAAGCUCUCGUCAGGACGGAGAAUAAUCUGAAGAACGAGAAUCUAGUGUGUAACAAAUGUACUGGCGUGAAACCUUGUGCGAGUGCGGAGUGUUUGUGCGUCAACGGUUCUGACGUUAAAACUGACGUCAGAUACGAAGUGAAGUCUGACGCGGAGGUUGUAGCGAGCGUGGACUUAAAUACGGCUAUAGCUUUGAUUAAUAGAUACUGCGGCAAGCUACCAUCAGACACGUUCACUCGCCUCGCCCCGCAAUGGUGGAUGGAAACAGUCCAACUACCCGACGAGAGCGGAACACACCGCACCGCGUACAUCUGCACGCUGCGACUGCCUCUCAACUGUCCCGUCAAGUACAAUAUAGUGGGUCACCCGAUGCCGACCGUGGUGUUGGCUAAACGGAUGGUAGCCCUGCAGGCUUGCAGGAUCCUUCAUAAGUCUGGAGAGCUGGACGACAACCUCAUGCCUAUAGGCAAGGAAAACUUCAAAGCGGCCGAGUUGGAAACGAACAGCAACACUGACGACGAGACGAACGACAGCGCCAGACCGGGCACCACCAAGCGUAGACAGUAUUAUUACAAACGGACCGCGUGGGCGUUCACAGAUUGUCAGCCGGUCAUAGACACGAGCGAUUCAGAGAUAGACUCACCAGAGAACGGUGCACCAGAAGCAACACCCACAGAAAAUAAGGAGAUUAAAGGCAGCAAGCGCAAUAUGCUGUACGCCAUAGUGUGCAAGCUGUGGUGCGCCCUCCCCGAGCGGUACAACACGCGCGGCAGGAGGCUGCACGCGCCGCAGCACGCCGCGCAGGCGCUCGGGAUACUCAUGGCCAGGGACAAGCCCACCAGCCUGCAGAUCCCCGCGUUUCCUGUGUACACCCGGUCCGGGGAGGUCCGCGUCAGCGUAGAACAUGUGCCUGACGCUGACGUCAGGGUGUCGCCGCGCCGAGGCCGACUGGUCAGGCGGUUCAUGCGGUUCGUGUUCUCGGAGGUGUUGCGCGUGCGGCGGCGCGGCAUGCGGCUGCACAGCGACGGCUCCACGCACAACAACUACUACAUCGUGCCGACGAUCAAGACAACUCGACCGGACGGUACAACGAAGAUAGAUAUUGACUGGGCGUUCCUGGAAGUCAUAUACAGGCAUACAGAAGAGAAGAAGCAUUCGGAAGUGGAGAACGUGAUGCUGUGGCAGCAAGAUGAGGAAGAUGAGGGCAUCGGGGAGGAGAAGACGAAGACUAAAGAAGAAGGCAAGCGGAAGAUGGACAACCCCCUGCUGAAGCCGGGGGAGACCUUUGUAUUUGACGCGGAGAAGUAUCGAGAGGCCGUGGUCACUCCUUGGUACAGGAACCAAGAUCAGCCUCAGUUCUUCCUAGUGGCCGAGAUAUGUUGGAAUCUGACCCCGGACUCGGCGUUUCCCUCCGCCCUGCACACCAGCUUCCGGAACUAUUAUCAGAGUAAAUACGGAGUAGUACUCACUCAGCCUGAUCAGCCGUUGUUGGACGUCGACCAUACUAGCGCUAGACUCAACUUGUUGACGCCUAGGUACGUGAACCGCAAGGGCGUGGCGCUGCCGGUGUCGUCGGAGCGCACGCGCCGCGCCAAGCGCGACCGCCUCGACCAGAAGCAGAUCCUCGUGCCGGAGCUGUGCCACGUGCAUCCCUUCGCCGCGCCGCUGUGGUUCGCCACCGUGGCGCUGCCCUGCGUGCUGUACAGGAUCAACGCUCUUCUCAUAGCUGAUGAGAUCAGACGAGCGGUGGCCAUCGACGUGGGUCUCGGGGUCCCGAAAAUCGAUGAGGACACGAUGCCGGGGUUCCAGUGGCCUCCUCUUGACUUCGGAUGGAGUUUGGCUGAGGUCUUAAGCGCUGAUUCAGAGAAGAACGAGAAGAAGAAACAAGACGAGAUGAAAGAAAAAGAUGAAAAAGAGACGCAAGAGACGGAGAAAGAGGACGACCAGAAGACGCUAGAAGAUGAAGCCGUAGAGGAAGUGGUCGAGCAGAAAACCAUCAACGAUAUACUACAGGAGAAAGAGCAGGCGGAGAGUGAGUUCGAGAUAGGCACGUGGAGUAACGACAUGGCGUCGUGUAUACCACAGCCGCGAGAAUACGACGAGUACAUGGAACCUCUUCCUCCGAACCUCACGUUCUGCACAUCAGCCUCAGGCGGUGCGGACUGGUGCAGCCCAGUGGAGAAGCCCAAGAGCCAGUACCAUCCGAGCAGGAGUUACUCAGUGGCGAACAGUGACUACUCUUAUAUGUCCAGUGAUUUCGACACUGAAGACUCCGACUCGGACCUGGACGGAAGCGACGACGAGACCGACUCCAGCAGUGGCUUCUGCAGCAGCAAGCAUUCCAAUGCGGCCAUGGGCGUCCGCAUAGAGUACAAGACAGCGCACGAGGCGGAGGCGGUGGACCUCGAGCGCAGGGUCAAGGUCAACCCCGCUCCAGACCCUGACGAGGAAGACGACGCCCAGGAUCGGAUGCUGCACGCGGAGUUCAUACGGGCGGGCACCGCGCCUGAUGAGCACUUAGAAAAAUUCCGCACAUCAGUAUCCCAACACGAGCAAGAAAUAAAAACAAACGGACUCAUAAAACACGACCAGCCGAUCGUAGAAAUUUUACCAGAACUGGUCCAGCCGAAACCAGCUCUGACGAAACACUACGAUCAGGUGAAACUAAACUCCUUAUUCCCGUAUACGAGAGAGAAACUGAUCUUCGAAGAUGGGCAAAUAACAAUAGAGAGUAUAGAGAAGAAUAAGCGAGUGUUGUUGGAGGUGGUGAAGAAGAAUUUGGGCGAUGAAGCGAAGACGAUGAACUGUUUCUCCAUGAAGGAUGUGGAUAUAGAUUCGCCAGGGUACGUUGACGAGAAGAUCGCGAACGUCGGGUUCGCGGCGAGCAAAUGUGAGAAGUCUACAGGAGCCGAUCUGGUCCCCUACUAUUUGGACGUGGGGGGGAAGAGCAAAGAGUUCGAUUUCGACCACCAGCCCGUGCUGGAAGGGCAUCCGGGGCCGAGUCCUAGUGUCAUCCUACAGGCGCUGACGAUGUCGAACGCGAACGACGGGAUAAACCUGGAACGUCUGGAGACUAUCGGGGACAGUUUCCUCAAAUUCGCCAUCACGGCGUACCUUUACUGCGCGCAUCCGAACGUGCACGAGGGGAAGCUAAGUCACAUGAGGAGCAAACAGGUGUCGAACCUCAACCUGUACCGUCUGGGCCGCAACAAGCGCCUGGGCGCGCGCAUGAUCGCGUCCAAAUUCGAGCCGCACGACAACUGGCUGCCACCGUGCCACCGCCCUCCGCCCACGCUGCAUCCCAAGGCCGCGGAAUGUCAAGAGCAGGGUCCGAAGAACGAGACGUCCGUGGACAGUAGUGGAUGUUACAUACCUUAUAAUCUGAUCACACAACAUAGUAUACCCGACAAGUCCAUAGCGGACUGCGUGGAGGCUCUGAUCGGCGCGUACCUGCUGGAGUGCGGGCCGCGGGGCGCGCUGCUGUUCAUGUCGUGGCUCGGCAUCCGCGUGCUGCCGCUCCACCACGUCACCCUGCCGCCGGGGGCCGCGCCGCGGGACGCGACGCACGCGCAGGACCAGGUCAGACACUUGACCGAGGAGUGGUGGUGGAAGGACAGGCGCGUCGGGUCCCUGCCGCCACGACAGGAUUCGAACGGAACCUGGAUUCAGCCGGUAUAUGGUGAACUGAAGGCACCUCCGUCUCCCCUCCUGAGAUAUAUAGAAGAUCCCGAAGGAGAACUGGAACAAAUGCUGUCUGGCUACGACGCGCUGGAGCGCACGCUGCAGUACCGGUUCCAGGACCGCUCGCUGCUGCUGCAGGCGCUGACGCACGCCUCGCACCACAACAACAGGCUGAGCGACUGCUACCAGAGGCUCGAGUUCCUCGGAGACGCCAUAUUGGACUACUUGAUAACGCGUCACCUGUACGAGGACGCGCGGCGCCACUGUCCCGGCGCGCUCACGGACCUGCGCUCGGCGCUCGUCAACAACACUAUAUUCGCCACGCUCGCCGCCAAGCACGGCUUCCACAAAUAUUUCCGUCACAUGUCGCCGGGCUUGAACGAAGUUCUCACUAAAUACGUGAAGAUACAAGAGGAGAAUGGACACUCUAUUAGCGAAGAGCAUUACCUGAUCCAAGAGGACGAGAUGGAGCAAGCGGAGGACGUGGAGGUGCCCAAGGCACUCGGAGACCUGUUCGAAUCCGUCGCCGGCGCCAUAUUCCUGGACUCAGGCAUGUCGCUGGGCGCGGUGUGGCGCUCGUACGUGCGGCUGAUGGGGCGCGAGCUGGAGGCCUUCAGCGCGGCCGCGCCCAAGUCGCCCGUCAGGGAGCUGCUGGAGGCGGAGCCCGACACCGCCAAGUUUGGCAAACCCGAGCGGCUAGCCGACGGCCGCCGUGUGAGAGUGUGCGUGGAAGUCUUCGGUCGAGGGGCUUUUAAGGGGGUAGGCAGGAAUUAUAGGAUAGCGAAGGGGACCGCAGCGAGAUGCGCCCUUAGGCAUUUACGGACACAUAGACAGAGAUAGAUAUAGGAGAUUGUAAGGGGUAAGUUCGGAUUAGACCGUUUAAUACUAAUCAGUUAGUAAAAUUAACUGCCAUUGUGGUCCAUGUAAGUGUGUCGCUCCGAAAUCAGUCGGUAUAUAUCCGGUUUCAAAUUAACCGGCAUAAUUGUGACAAUUGGCAAGGGCUAAUCACCUCGUCAAUCAACACUAUUUAGACCUCACUCCGCUUACCAUUCGCAGUGGGUUCACUUGCCCAGGACAGUGGCUCAAUUUUGGUACGUAUAAUGAUACGUCAUUCUGUGUUAGUAAUAUUGGCUUUAGCAGUAAUGUUAACCGGUCUUACCCCAUCAUCCGAACUUACCCGAACGUGUACAGUGAUGAAAAUAGUUUUUACAUUAUCUAUAUAAAUGAUUGGACGUUUUGUAUUACAAUGUAUGUGUUAGUCAAGCAUUAAACAACAGCAAAAUGUGUUAGGCAUUUAAGGACUUAGGGCUGUAUUAAUAAAUGAAUCUCUUGAGUAGUAUCUCAAGUAGACAUUUAAUGUAUACGGGGCAUAUAUGGCGGAGCGAAUUAUUUACUAUCAAAAUAAAAUUAAUGAACAAUGUACUGCAAUUUAUUAUUGUGUUAAUAUUUUGAAUGUUAUUUCAAAACAGAUAAAGUCGAUAAUAGUUUGACAGUACAAGACACGGUCAUGCUCUCCUCCAUAUAUGCGCCGACUCUAAGUUAUUUCAGAGGUUGUUCUCAGCUAAGGCUGCGUGUUAUACGAACAAAACUUAGUUGACAAAAUCCAUCAUAUGUGACUUAAGAUAUAAUUUGAGAUGUUGAUAUUUGUUUAUUGUAUACAGACGAUCUUAAGAUGCUGUAAUUUGACAGCGUUUUAGUUGAUAUAACACUUGAGAGCGAAGUUAGUCGCAUUAAUACGGCUCCUAGAUAUGUAACUGAGGCCCUUUGCUAAUAAACGUCGUCGUCUGUCACACAAUCUUUUGUCUCGCUCCCUCUGAUCUUACUCUAGGCUCAUGUCUAUGUGUGUCCGUCUACCACUGCAAUAUCUGUUGUAAGUGGCGAACAGAUACUUGUGUUUAAAGUAGUAAGUUGUUUGCUGGUGAUAGGAUAUUUAAUAUUCGCUCGGAUAUCGACCGUACACAGGGUGUUUAAACCCGCCAUAGUGGCUCACGUGUCGCGUUCCGGGAUCAGCCUGUGUAUAUCCAGUUCCAACAGGCAUAGCUGUGUCGACUGAGGAGUAAUCAUCUCUCGUCAGUCGACAUUAUUGGACCCCACUUACCAUCAGGUGCAGCGCGGGAAUAACAAAUAAACUAAGGACUCAUUUGAACCUCAAAUAUGUUAUUACAUAUAAUAAUAAAUUAAUUUUUAAUUGCUUGAAUAAUUCCGGUUUUUAAAAGCACUCCCUAAUGACAUUUAGUUUUGAAUAAUUUUCGAAGUUUUUUUUUAUCUUUACAUUUUAAUAUGGGUAAUGCCAAUAUUUGAAAACCCGUAAUAUAUUUUGUAUGCAUGUUUUAUAAUCCAGUGUGCUAGCUGUAAGUAUAUUAAUAGGUGAGUUGUGUAUCCUAAUAAACUCAUUUUGUGGGGUAAGUUCGGAUAUUGGGGUAAGACCGUAUCAAUCCUGCUAAACUGUAAGAUACUAACUCAGUAAUGAAUAAGUGUGGUGCAUUACAAAAUAUCAUAAUUAUAAGCGGCGAUAGUCAAGCGGCGAUAGGCUAGUUGGUUGUGGAACGGACUGCCGAGACGAAUGUCCGCAGGUUCAAAUCCCAAUGGCACACACCUCUGAUUUUUCUAAAAAAUUAUGUGUGUAUUAUUUGUGAAUUAUCGCUUGCUUUAACGGUGAAGGAAAACAUCGUGAGGAAACCUGCAUACCUGAGAAGUUCUCUAUAGGAAUUUCGAGGGUGUGUGAAGUCUACCAAUCCGCACUAGGCCAGCGUGGUGGACUAAGGCCUAAUCCCUCUCAGUAGUAGAGGAGGCCCGUGCUCAGCAGUGGGCAAGUAUAUAAUACAGGGCUGACAUUAUUAUAUUACAAAAUACCACUUUAGGCUGUUAGGUAAUGCCUUUUUGUUUGCAGCGAUUUUAAAUCACCGGUUUACUCUCUGAUUCGAACUUACCCCAACAUAUUUUAAUACAAUUAUGUCUGAAAAUUGUGUAUUUUGCAUUUGUUUGAAAUGUGUUUACGGUCCGCCAUAUUGCAGACUUAGUUUUAAGGGAUGAAUGUAACGCAAUAUAGGUUUAAUAUUAUGAUAACAGCCUUAUUAAGAUGUAUAUCGUGAAUGUUCACAAAUAUCGGACCGACAUUUUUAUCGGUACGAUAAAUCGGUCGUACCGAUAAUUUUGUCGGAACGAUAAAUCGGACCGGUUUUCGAUCCACACUAAUGCAUUAAGGACUUUGAUAUCUGUAUAAUUCAAAGUCAUCUGUGUGAUUAUUGUUAGGUGUUUGGGAGUGACGCUAAAAUCCAAAUCAAUAAGUAAAAGAAUUUUUAAAAUCGAUUUAGCAGUUUCUGUUUAUCCAUAAAAGAGUCAAAUCUCUUCUCUUUAUAAUUAGGUGAAACAUAUUCUGUAUUUUAUUAAAGAUUUUUCGCUUUUAUGACUCUGUACAUAUUAUAAAACAAAGUCCCAUUGUCUGUCUGUAUGUUAUCGAUUUUCUCAAAAUCUACAGAACAGAUUUUUAUUAAAUUUGGUAUGUAGAUAGUUUAAGACCCUGGGAAGGUUACAGGCUACUUUCUAUUCCGGGAAAACUUCACGCGAGCGAAGCCGCGAGCAAAAGCUGGUAUAAAAUAACAGACAUUUUAACGUGUAUGCUUCGUUUAGUCAAUUUUAGUAAAAAUAAUGUUUAGAAUGUUCCAAAUAACACGACACGAUUCAGUCGUUUCAUUGUCAUUGCUCGAGAGACUGACUAUUGGCGACAUCUUGCCUCCAAGGAUUCGCUGAUAAACAAGCCACUGUCUUUCCAAAAUAACUUCUUAUAUUUUCUCUAAAUACACAUCGAUAGAACACAAUUUAUCGUUCUUGCUGAGUAUUGACGUGUAUUCUAUAGACACGAACGUCCAUAUAAACUAUUCUAAAUCUGAACUAAAAUGGCAAAACGUCACUGUUAUAACCUAUUUAUUCACUUGAACAACAAAUAAGUUUACUUAUUUUACUAUUUUUUAUUCAAACCAGGUUUAGACUCGAGUUCUUAUAUCAUGAGCGCCACUCAGUAACAACUACAAGCUGUCAAUAUUGACCAUACUAAAGUCAGUUUGAAUGGAUUACAGUUCAAUUUAAUUGAAUGUUCGGAGUUUUAAUUGAAUGUUCACAGUGAAUGUUCGGAACGCCAAAUCUAGUACGUAGUACAUAUAUAUCGAUGUUGCUGAGAAAAUUAAGCUAGUAGGGCACAUUUUAUACAUAUUUUCUCAGCUCCGUAUAAUAGAUGACUGAGGUAGUCUCUCGACCAAUCAAAAGCAUCAAUUAAACGACACGAGUCGCAACGGACAUUCUAAAGCUCUCACUCCCAAAUAGUCAAUAGUUUAUAAGGUUUUUUAAAAAUAUUUGUAAAUAAAGGAAUUAUUAAUGCUUG